AGGAAGGCUGCUUUUAGCUGCUCGUUUCAGCUGAGUACAACUCAUCAGCUCAAGGUGGACUGAAGCCUAGAAGAGAGAGAAUAUAAUGUGUCAGGAUUCUGUUACUAGGAACUGGGUCAACUUAUUUAUAUUUCAACACUUGUCCUCUCGUACCAAAGGGAGAACCAGUAUAGUAACCUGAAACUAUGUAUUGAAGCGUUGUCUGGUUCUUGAUGCAUCGGACUGAAAGAAAAGAACUGACUCCACAUUUGGGAACAACAAGGACCAGAAGAAAAUAUCUGUAAAUGUAAAUAACGGAUUGACAGUGUAGAAGGGUAGCAUGAACCUGUGAGGCAUUUAGCAUUGUCAGAGGUGCUGGGAUGAAGCUUCAUGAGAAGAUAUUGACCCAUUUCCUAUCAUGUACCUCUCCCGUAGAUAAAGAGGGAUAUCUCUACAAAAAGAAAGAGCGAACUGCCACCUACCAUCGGCGGUGGUUUGUCCUGAAAGCGAACCUGCUUUUCUACCAGGAACGCCCAGCUGACCGACACCUACUGGGUGUCAUUGUGCUGGAGGGAUGUACAGUAACGCGUUCAAAAUCUGAUGGACAGUUUGCCUUUUCCCUAGUGUUUGAUAGACCUGGACUCAAAACCUACAGAUUUGCAGCAGUGGAUCAUCAGACUCAAGAGAGCUGGGUGAAAACUUUGCUCUUGGCCAGCCACUGUUACCUCUCCCUGCUGGUGAGAGACCUGGGGAGGCAGUAUGAAGAAGCUAAACAGCAGCAAGGCUGUGGCGAAUCCUUUCACAGCUCCUCAGGCAGUGUCCUCCAGCAGUCUACGACCAACUUCUCCCUCCUUGUGCAGAACCCAACAGCAGUGGUUAGGGAGGGGAGAAGCUCCAGUGCCAGCAGUGUUUUACAAGCACCUUCAUUACCCACCAAUGUGGUGGCUAAAAGGUCCCCCAAACUGUGGCCCAGGAGAAACGCUCACGUCACUCCACUUAAUGGACCAAUGCCAUUGUAUGGCGAAUGGCCUUUGGUGGGUUUUGAUCCACUCCAGGAGUUCAGCAAACUUCAUGAUUAUUAUGGCCUUGAAGUGAAGAAAGCAAGAGAGGAAUGGCUGAGGAGAAGACCAGCAGAAAAAGAGCACAGUGAUAAAGAUCUCAUUGACCUGGGAUAAAACAAAACACUUGAUAGUUAAAGUGAAAAAGCCUUGAAGAGGAACUGAGAUGGAGUGAUUCGUGUGCAUCAUAACAGGAACAGAAACUGCAGUAUUUUGAGUUAUACUGUACCUAAUACAGAGUUUCAGGGCUGGACAUAUGUAAAUUUGUUAAAAGUACAUACAGUAUGACAGUAAAUAUAGUGUCUCAUAUUAUCAGCUUACUGUACAUCUUUUCUCUUUAUUUCACAGUAAGCUGUAAUUUGCUUGAGCCAAUUCGACAAACAGAUGCUGUUGGUGUCUGCAUAUCUGCACUUUUAGUAGAAUGUAGAUUUUAACUUGUUAUAAAAAAGGCAUAGGUGUUUGUGAUAACAUUAAGAAUGGUUCUGUUUUAGUCAAAUGUCUCAAUACGCCAUGACAGUGUGAUAAUGAAUAAGUAUGCACAAAACCAGGACCCUGAAACCCCGUCUCACUGUAUUUCAGCUGUAAUUUCUUAUUUCCGCCUGUUCUUUUUCUACUGCAACAUGUCAAAAUGUCUUCUAUAAAAAGUCUCAGGUCUUGAAAAGGCUCAACAAGUACAGAUUUUAAUUUUCUCAUAAAGGCCUUAUUUUAAAGUUUGUGUAAAUGUAAAUAAUGUAAUAAAUAAAUGUAAGUGUAAAUAAUUUUUACAGUUUGCUGCAUAUACAGGUCCAGGCUGCAUUUAAUCAUCACUUAAUCAUUUUAUUUUGUUAAAAUAUAAUAUUAUUUGCCAUUAUUGAUACAGUACAUACAACUGGAUAUACUGACAUAUAUGUGCUAUAAAUGUCAGUUAUUUGUAUAGUUCUUAAAUAACUUCAGUCUCUGUUAUCCCUACUGGUUUUUACUGGUAUAUUACUAAAGGUAUGUUGGGUGGUAGGAAACAGUAUUAUAUUGCAUUCUGUGUGGCAUUCAAAUGUGUUUAAAAGUUUCAACCUGUUUCUAAUUAGACUAUUACCUGUUACUUCAUGUGUGGUGCAAUUAACAAUGUCACCCAUGGCAUAUAAAGGUUUUA